GCAAACUAGAAGAAGACGCCGCUGGAUUUGUCGUGUCGAAUCCAUGGCGUUCGAGAAUGUAAUAGAAAGGUCAUCACCCUCGUCAUAACGAUAGCCCCGUACGCCACAACAGACACUAUAUAUUAUCACCAUCCUCCUCCGGAACCAAUCCUCCCCUUGCCAUGGACGACAGGCGACCAUCGCCACCUCCACCACCGGUAGCUCAAGACCGGAACGCUCGCUGCAACUGGCUCUUCGAUCCAAUGGCCGUUAUUCUAUACCUUGUCAUCAGCGUCAUCAUAUCCGUCUACAGGUUUCGUGGCGAUCCAUCAAUGCUCGUCUUCGUACUGUUCUCCUGUUCGGACCUGCUGUUCCUCUUCCUUUGUCUCAGGAGGUUCGAGCGGCUCGCUCCGGGAAGCCCCCCGGCCGAGAAGGCAAGGUUGAAGAUGGCUGUUUGGCUGCUGUCGGCCGCGCUCGUACUGGCUUUCAGCUGCAGAACGUCCUCGGUGAUGCCACGGGCUUUGGCGGCUUUAGUUUGGCUCAUGGCGGGGUCUGUCUUGGUGGGGGGAUUCUAUGGACUCUUCCUGUACAAGGAGCAGGACGAUGAGAGGGGACGAUGACGCUCUUCUUCUCCUCCUUCCUAUUUUCUCCUCUUCUUCCUCACCGACCUAAGCUCGAGCUCCGCCGCCUUUGCUCCACCAUCUUAUCAGUGAAGGAUAUUUUUUGGUUUGUUAAGUGUCGAGGAUGACCUUUAGGAUAACUCAAAGUCAUUGUCACUGAUCUUGUAGUGAAAUAGUUAAAUCGUAUGUGGAUUAAUAGAUAUGAUUUUGAUUGUUGAUA